AACAUAACCUUUUCGUUGUUGUACCAAAGUGCAAGAAGUGGAUGUCUUUUCUUGCGGUUUCUUGGGAGUGGCAAAUUUAGUUGAGUUCGACUGAAAAUUCCGAAAAUUCCUAACCCCAAAAACAAAUUCAUCUUCCCAUCAAAUCAAAAUGGGGUCUGAAAUUGCUGUCUUGUACAACUUGUUGAACUUUUAUAAAAGAACUGUCGUGGAAACUCUCAACAAAAUCGACGCAAAUCUUGUAGACGUGGUGAACGACUACAACAACUCUCAGACAACAAAUUCGUCUUCAAAGAAAUAUGAAAUAGCGUCACACAUGACCGGGAUGUUGCCACAUUAUGUCCAGAUGUUACAGACUGCGGAAGUAAUGGCUGCAGAACUCUUAGUGCAAUUAAAUAAAGUAGGUUGUGAUCUCCAUCCAGAGAAGGAUUUAGACUUCUCAAAUCCGUUUUAUACCCCAGAGUUGCAAGAACAACAAGAACCAGAAGUUAAUAACUCUUUCCAACAAAUAGAACAAGACUUAGAAGAAUUAGAGAUAUCAGAAAUGGUUCACCCAAAAAUUGAGUUGCAACCAACAGAAAAAUCAUUUUUUGAAUCAAGUGACCAGUCAGAAGAGGAAAUAAUUGUUGGUAAUACUGACAUAAAAGAUGAAAGAACUGAAAACUCUGAAAGUGUUCAAUUAGAAUCACGUACACUUGAAGUUGGUCUUGAUAUAAAAGAUGAAAGUGGUGAACCUCUCCCUAGAAUAGAAAAUACAAACUGUGAUGUUGAAAGUGUCUUCAAGCCUGAAGUAGUUCUAAGUGAAAUUGACCACAAACACAAAAUUAAUCAAAGUGAGAGUUCAAAUUUUAACUGCCAGGUAGCUUCUCAAACUGAGCUAGUACCAAAAACUGAUCUCAAAACUGAAAAUAAUGACAAUGUGUGCACUGAAAUUCCAGUGGAUCAACCACAGGAAAAAAGUCCUCGGAAACGAAAAAGUUCUAAAAAAAAUAAAAAAUCUAAUACAAAUCCAAGCAGCCCACAGUCUGACACUGUUAAAGACAAUAUACAAGUUGAAGAAAGUCCUAAGACUAGUCCAGCAGUUCAUAGAGUACCUGUAAAACAACCCUAUAAUUGGAGAGAAGAGGCUGUGAAACGUUUGAUAAAUGAAAAUUUGAAAACGACACUGACGUGGAGGGUUUCACCUUCUCAGAAUAAAACUAAACGCGAGAGUGAGGGGAGGAGCAAAGGAAACGGUCCAAUUUUUGAAAUUCCAGCCGAACAAUUAAGCAUAGGCGAAAUCUGCGUUUUCACUCACAUUGAAUCACCAUCCGAGUUUUAUAUUCUUACCAAUCAAGUGCUUCUCAACAGCCUCGAAAACUCUCUAAACGAAGACAUGAACAAACAACAAUACGUCAUCAACAAGUACAAAUCAAAGGAACUAGCAAAAAAUAGUUUAGGCAAAUUCUGCACCGCGUUUUUUUCUGAUACAAGACGAUGGCACCGCGUGAAAAUCCUCAACUGGAUGGACGACGAACCUGAAACUAUCUUAGUCCAGCUUAUCGACUAUGGCGAAAAAUCGCACUUGAGUUACAAAAAUGUUAAAAAUAUGGCCGAAUUGUACGCCACGAUCCCCAAAAUGGCGACCAAGUGUCACUUCGCUGGUAUUUAUUCUGCGCAUGCGCAGUUAACUAAAUGGUCUACAGCAAGCGUGGAUUUUUUUGUGAAGUUGAGUGAAAUUAGAAAAAGGACGGAGUUUGUGGUUGCUUUUGCUCGUAGAGAAGGAAAUUCGUACGGGGUAGACUUACGUAAAGAGAACGAUCCAGAAGGUGAUACUCUGGGGCAGAUUUUGGUGAAAAGUGGUUAUGCAUGUGGAAGGGAACUUACAAACCACUUGGAAACUAUUGCAGAAGAACAUAGUGUUGAGGAACUGAAACGUGAAGAAGAGGUUUCCACAGAAAAAAUUCUACAAUGUCAAUCAUUUACCAAGGUCGUGUUACCUGCAGUAGGAGAAUACGUGGACAUUUUAAUCACUGGAUAUGUUAAUACGUGUCAUUUUUACGCCCACGUGUUGUCUGAACGUGGCUCUAACUUAUACAAUCACGAUUUCGAACAACUACAUCACCAUUUGAAAAUGAACAACGUUGUAGAAAGUUACGAAAGUUUUAAAGUUAGUCCAAGAAAAGGGGAGGUCGUGUUAGUUAAAGAAAAACAAGAUUGGUUUAGAGGUCUUUGUAAAGAAGGCGAUGCUGACAAUGAGUUUGACAUAUUUCUGGUAGAUUUUGGCUACAGUGUGACGAAGAAAUUGACUGAUAUUAGACAAAUAAAGGAAGAUUUUUUAAAAGUGCCUUUUCAAGCUGUUGAAUGUAUUUUAGACAAUUGUCAGGAACGAAAAGGAGUUGUUGCUGACGUUUCCAAGAAUUUUUUUCAAAAUGUGAUGAACAUGCAAAUUUUUCAAGGGCUUGUUUUGGGAUCUGGUGAGCCAUUGAGAGUACAAAUAUGGGACUCAAAUGACAUGGAUAUGACUCAUGUUUUGAAGCGGUGGAGUCUAGGAGAAGAUCGAGAUGAGCACUAAUUGAUGUAUAGAUAGUCAUGUCGUCCAUUUUAUUACCAAUUGUUGAAUCUGUUUUACGUUAAAAUAUAUACAAGUUUAUUUUGUA